GUUUGGAGACCAGUGCAGCAUGAAAGCGGCAAGACGUACUACUUCAACGAUGAGACACAGCAGUCUGUGUGGGAGAAGCCCGUAGAGCUGCAGACGCCGCUGGAAAGAGCGCUUGCAGAGUCAGACUGGAGAGAGUACAAGGCCGAGAACGGGCGAGAGUACUAUUACAAUGUUAAGAGUCAGGAGAGUGUGUGGGAGAUCCCUGAGGAGAUUCAGCGAGUGCUCGAUGAGCAGCAGGAUGGCGCAGAAGGUGCUGGGGACAAGCAAGGGGAGGAGGCGAGUGACGGGAAAGCGAGCGAGAAGGAGGAAAAAUACCAUAACGACUCUACGCUGCUCAAAGAGACUGUCAAGCCGAGCACGCAGGAGGAGGCUGAUAAGAUGUUUGUGGAGCUGUUGAGAGAGAAUGCCGUUGAUGCAACCUGGUCCUUUUCCAAGAUUGUUGACGAGCUGAUAUUGGACCCACGGUAUUGGGCAGUGGAUGACUCUUUGCACAAGAAGCAGGUGUUUGAGAACUACCUAGCGAACAGAACGAAGGAGGAGUUGAUGAAGGAGAAUAAUUCCGUGGAGAAGUUCAAAGAUGCGUUUGUUAAACUCCUCGAGUCCAAGAAGGAGAUCAAGUAUUAUACAAGGUGGUCUACAACGAGGAAACUCUUACAGGAUGAGCCUAUCUACGCCCACUCUGUGAUAAGCGAGAGAGUCAAGAAACAGACAUUCCAAGACUACGUUGAGUCGUUGAGGAAACAACGCCUUGAUGAAAGAACAAAGCUCAAGGGCCAAGCUCUAGGCGAGCUGAACGACUAUUUUAAGUCACUUCGUCUGAAUGCCUCAUCCACAUGGGAAUCGACUCUGGAUACGAUCAAACAGGACCCGAGAUUUGAACAGAAUACACAUUUCGAAGUGCUGACCCAGUUAGACCUCAUUACUUUAUUUGAAUCGAACCUUGUUGAAAUUGAACAGCAGCAGAUGAAGCUGGUACAGGUUGAAGCUCGUAAGAACUACAGAGCCGACCGUAAGGCUCGUGACGGAUUCAAAGAGCUGCUUGGGGAGUUGAAGGAGAGUGAAUUGUUCAAUGCCAACAGUAAAUGGGAUGAAAUUUACGAACUUAUCAAAGAAGAUGAUAGAUUCCUGGAUAUGUUGGGACGUAACGGUUCCACGCCGUUUGAGCUAUUCCAAGAUGCGAUUGAUGAAGAGGAAUUGUUGAUAAAGGCCAAACAAGGUGUUGCAGAACAAAUCCUGUUCCACAAUGGAUUCAAAGUACAAACUGAGGGAGAUUUGGAUCAACAGUUGAAAGAGAUGGUUACUAUCUUGCAGAAGGACGAGCUAACAAAGGAUUAUGACAACGAUACUAUAGAGCUGAUCCAUUCUAGACUGGUUGCAGAUGCUAAGGAGCAAGCAGAACGUGAUAAAUUUGCCAAAGAACGUCAAAUCCGUAGAGGUCAAGAAGAUUUCAAGAAGUUGUUACGUAUAUUUGCAAACCCGGUGAUUACUGUCGACACCAAAUGGGAAUUCAUCCAGCCACGGUUGGAGAAGGAGCCUGAGUACGAGGCUCUUCCUGAUGAGGAGUCUAGAAGAUCAACGUUUGAUAAGUUC